CUUUACUGAAGACCUGAGAGGAUGAGUGGUCAGACCCCACCCACACACACUCUGCUGACACAUGAAGCUUUGAUCAUGUCCUCUCUGGAGGAGUUGCCUACUGUGGUCUUCCCAGCACUAUUCAAAGAGGCCUUUGCUGGCAGACAAACCAAUCUCCUAAAGGCAAUGGUGGCAGCCUGGCCUUUCCCCUGUCUCCCUGUGGGGUCAUUGAUGAAGAAGCCUAACCUAGAAACCUUGCAAGCCCUGCUAGAUGGAAUAGACAUGCGACUGACAAGAGAGUUUCACCCCAGGAGGGCAAAACUUCAGGUUCUUGACAUGAGAAAUAUGUACCAUGCCUUCUGGAACAUACGGGCUGAUGCAAAUGACAGUGACUGUAAAUCAAAGACAUUGGAUGAAAAGCAGCUAGUGAAGGUCCUUCCGAGAUAUGCACGGAGGCAGCGUCUGAAGGUCAUAGUCAACCUGUCAAUCAGUUCCCACUUCAAUAAAUCAAAGGCAUAUUUCUUGAAUUGGGCCAAGCAGAGAAUAGGAUCCCUAUAUUUCUGCUGUAUAAAGAUGAAGAUCUGGGACCCACCAGACCAAGUUAUCAGAGACAUCUUUAAUGUUUUUGAUCCAGAGCACAUCACAGAAUUAGAACUGAAUACUGACUGGACUCUGUUACAGCUUGCACAUUUUGCUCCCUAUUUUGGGCACAUGAAAAAUCUUCAAAAAGUCUUCCUGGCACCCCUCCACAAGAAUACCUCCCCUAUUAUCAAUAUAACAAGUGCCACAGAAGCCAAGUGUGUUCACAAAAUUAUUUCUCAGUUUUCCCAAUUCAACUGUCUCCAGCAUAUCUUCAUGAAACACGUCCAUUUUCUAAGAGACUACAUGAAUCAGGUCCUAGGGUGCCUGAUGACACCCUUGGAGACCCUCUCCAUCACUCAAUGCCUAAUUUCACAGAGAGACUUUGAUUUAUUUUCCUGCUCCCAAAACCUCUUUAAAUUAAAACAUCUGGAAAUAAGAGGGAUGAUCUUAUAUGCUUUGGAUCUUAUGCCUCUGAGAGGUCUCCUACAAAAAGUAGCAGACACUCUUGAGAUUCUGGAUUUUCAGUGGUGUAGGAUGUAGGACUCCCAGAUCAAUGCCCUCCUACCUGCCCUCAGUCAAUGCACUCAGCUCAACCAGAUCAACUUCUACAACAAUGACUUCUCCAUGUGCACCCUGAAGGCCCUUUUCCAGCACACAGCCAACUGGAGCAAGAUGAAUGUGGAACAAUACCCUGCCCCUCUGCAGUGCUAUAAUGAGUUGGGUCAUGUCUCUGUAGAAAGAUUUGUCCAACUUUGUCAGGAGCUCAUGUAUACUCUCAGAGCUAUAAGGCAGCCCAAGAGCAUCUCUUUUGCUACAGAUAACUGUCAAAAAUGUGGUAAGCCCUGUGUCUAUGACCAGGGCCCAAUAUUUUGUUCUUGUUUUCAGUAAACAUAGAUACAGGACUUCUGGAUAUGAAUAAAUGACAGGCUUGGGACACAUCUUUUAUCUGCAGUGCUCAGAAACUGUGAUUUCAGACACUUCCCAUAUGGUUGGAAAUAAAGAGAUUUACAGUGACUGGGACCCUGAAGGUUGAGCUUAACAUUGGGACCAUUUCGAUGGAAUCUGAUAUCAGG